AUGAAAUUUUCCAGAGAAUGUGCAGUUUGUGGAACUCCCAAGUCAAUCGAUGGUGAUGCAUUAUCACAAUGUAAGCAGUGCAAUAUGGUGGUAUAUUGUGGCGAAGAACAUAGAAAUUUUGAUUGGAAACGACAUAAAUCACUCUGCAAAACUGUACAAUCUCAGCUAGCGAGGAAUAUUACUGCUGCUGCUUCAACUGAACAAAGAAGUGCUGGUAAACUUAUAAAUCCUGUUGGUUGUGCAACGGUGGCCGAUGUAAAAUGGUUAGGCAAUAGAUUGUGCGAAAAUUUUAUUAAUACAAGCAAUCCAGAUAAUCGAAUUCUUGAAAAAAUCGCUAAUACAUCAGAGAAAGUAUCGAGGAAGAGAUUACUGCAGAUGAACUGCAUACAUCCUCAACUGAUUAAUCACUCUGCUAAUCCUAUCUUCACGAUUAGCUUACAAGAUCACUUGAAAAUAUUUGCCGCAAGUGGAUUAGCAAUCCAUCAACAACAAGCAGUUGCCUUGCAUCUGAAGUGUAUUGCGGACCAUGCUGUUAAGUGUUUGAAUGAUUAUGGAUGGGCAGUUGUGGAUAAUUUUCUUGGGCAAAAUCAUUGUUGCCACAUUCACAGAGAAAUGAAUUAUUUGUACAAUAGAGGUGUCUUUAAACCAGGACAGUUGAUGGAAACAAAAGUGAAUUCGAACUCUCAAAAUAUACGAUCGGAUGAGGUUUACUGGUUUGACAGCAAUGAUGAACGAAUCAAUGUGGCAGUGACAGUUCGUUUGCUUGUCUCAAUGAUUGAUUCCAUCGUUGUCCAUUUUAAUGGCCGUAUACCCUAUGAAAUUAUUGGACGCUCACGGGCAAUGCUGGCAAUAUAUCCAUCAGAUGGAACACAUUAUGUGAAACACAUUGAUAACCCGAUGAAAGAUGGUCGUUGCAUUACUGCUAUUUAUUAUUGCAAUCAGAACUGGAAUGUUGAAAAGGAUGGCGGUUGUUUCAGGCUUUUUCCUGAGACAUCGGAUGUUCCAGUGGAUAUCGAGCCACGAGCUGACAGGCUGUUACUUUUAUGGUCAGAUCGUCGGAAUCCUCAUGAAGUUCGUCCGGUAUAUCGGAAUCGCUAUGCUAUAACAGUUUGGUAUUUUGAUACGAAUGAAAAACUGGCAGCAAUGGCAAAGAAGCAUAAGCAAAAUGUGAUAGGUGAAAAAGUUGAAAAUAAACAGCAGUUGCAGCAACCCAUUCUGCUUAGCAAUGAACAGAAGUUGCAGCAGCCACUAUUUUCUCUUCUAAACAGUUUCGCAAAACGGGAACCAAACAUAUUGUCAUCACAUGACAACCUUCCAAAUCAGUUCAACAUUUUUCAUCCUACCGUAUCAUCUACGCAACAAUCACUGCUUGGAACAGAGAAGACCAUGAAACGUGAAAAAGGAGCUUAUCUGAUAACUGUUAUUGCAUCAUUUAUUGCACUCGGUAACUGGAUUAUUGUAGAGUUAUCGUCCAUUCUUUAG